AUGGUAUUGCCAAGGUACAUCGUCCUAAAAUCAAAAUACAACAACAAAUAUUUACGCUACAUUCAUGAAGAUACGCAAGUGCAUGGAUUUCUCCAAUUCUCUGGAGAUGAGGUUGUAAGUCCCUAUUCAAAGUUUGAAGUAGAGCCUUCUAAGACUGCAAGUGGACUGGUACACUUGCGGUGUUGUUACAACAACAAAUAUUGGGUUAGGUGGUCCAAAAAUCAUUGGUGGAUUAUUUGUGGUGCUGACCAACAUAAUGAAAAUCAAUCUGACUGGUCUUGCACAUUGUUUCAACCCAUUUUCAUAGAUGGCGAUUCUCAAAAGCUUCGAUUUCUCCAUGUUCAACUUAAACAUUAUUGCUCCUUGUGGAGGCUAGAUCCACCCUUCGGUGAUUGUUUGUUCGCAGGCUAUGAUCAUCCUGAAGAGUAUGAGUGUGAUAUUUGCAUAAUUGUUGAUUGGGAGUCAUUGUUAAUAUUGCCCAAACAUGUCGCUUUUAAGGGUGACAAUGGUCAAUAUCUUAGUGCUCGUUGGAUAGAAGGACAUCAAUAUCAUCAGUAUGCAUCUAAUGAUAUCGGGGAUCCAACUGUGGGUUAUGAAAUUUUUACAACCAAUGACGGAAGCGUUCGCGUGAAAUCUGAUUACUUCGGUAAAUUUUGGAGGCGUAGUCCAAAUUGGAUAUGGGCUGACACAACAUACACCAAAGAUAAUAAUCCCGAUACAUUAUUUUGGCCAGUUAAAGUUGCCAGCAAUGUUGUUGCUCUUCGAAACUUUGGAAACAACUAUUAUUGCGCACGACUCACAACUGAAGGUAAAACAAGUUGUCUUAAUGCUUCAGUGCCAACUAUUCCUAAGGAGGCCAGGAUGGAGGUUUCAGAACUUGUCAUUUCAAGGCAAAUCUAUAAUGUCAACUUUCGCCUCCUCGAUGCUCGAGUUUAUGGUGAGAAAGUUAUCACCAUGGCGAAUGGAGUUGCAGUGAAUAAGACAAACCAAUCAGAUGAAGUCGAAAUCACGCUCACAUAUUCAGAUACAACAAGCAAAACUUGGAACUCAAGUGUUUCAUUGAAGUUGGGUGUUACAACCGCCAUCAAGACAGGAAUUCCAAUCAUUGCAGAAGGAAAUAUUGAAAUUUCUGCUGACUUCGAGGGAUCGUAUGAAUGGGGAGAAACAAAGGAAACAAAACAAGAAAUACAAACAGUUUACAAAGCUACUGUGCCACCAAUGACUACUGUGAGGGUGAUGUUGCUUGCAACAGUAGGUACAUGUGAUGUUCCAUUCUCAUACUCUCAGCGCGAUACCCUUACAAAUGGAGAACAAACUACUUAUUAUCUGGAUGAUGGUCUUUACACUGGCAUUAACUCCUUUAAUUUUAAGUAUGAAAUUAAAGAAGAGAAACUCUGA